AUGCAUUCAAUUAACAUUAAAGGGCCAAUUAGGUUGACAAAAACAAAGCUAAUAAGAACUAACUCUACAUUAGUUUUAAAGAAUAGAGAAUAUUUUUUAUCCAAAUAUCCUAAUCUAAAAGGUACUGAUUUAGGAGAAGAUGGAAAGCCAGAUUAUACAAAAAUGAUUCUUCGCAGCAAAGUGUACGAUUUAUUGGAUGAAACACCAAUCACUCGUGCUACAUUAUUAUCAAAGAAGACAAACUCUACAGUCUUUUUGAAGCGUGAAGAUUUAUCGCCUGUCUUUUCAUUUAAACUAAGGGGCGCAUACAAUAUGAUUGCUAAUCUACCACAGGAAGAGAAAUCAAAGGGUGUUAUUGCAUAUUCAGCAGGCAACCAUGCACAAGGUGUGGCCUAUGCAAGUAACAAACUAGGUAUCAAUGCAACAAUUGUCAUGCCAAUGGGCACACCCUCAAUUAAAUCAGAAAAUGUUUUGAGAUUAGGUGCUAAAAUCGUCUACUAUGGUGAUGAUUUUGAUGACGCAAGAAAAGAGUCUACAAGAUUGGCAAUCCAACACGGUUAUACUACCAUUCCUGCAUUUGAUCACCCUUUGAUAAUUGCAGGUCAAGGUACAAUUGCCCUGGAGUUACUACGCCAAAUUAAGUCCAAUAGCUUAUCUGCCAUUUUCAUUGGUAUUGGUGGUGGAGGUAUGCUUGCAGGAAUUGGUACUUAUAUCAAACGGUUUGCACCCGAAGUUAAAAUAAUCGGUAUUGAAACUUUUGACGCUGAUGGAAUGUAUCAAUCCCUACAAACAGGGGAGACCAUAACACUCGAAAAAGUAGGCUCGUUUGCUGAUGGCACAGCCAUCAAAAUGGUUGGCGAUGAAACUUUCAGGCUCUGUCAGGAGUUUGGUAUAGAUGAAAUUGUUCAUGUUAACACUGACGAAAUUAGUGCUGCUAUCAAGGACAUAUUCGAAGACACCAGGACAAUUGUCGAACCUUCUGGUGCGAUGCCGGUUGCGGGAAUGAAGAAGUAUAUUGCAAACCAUCCUGAGAUUGACCACUCGGACAAAACCUAUGUUCCUGUGUUGUCUGGUGCAAACAUGAAUUUCGAUCGUCUCAGAUUUGUAUCAGAGCGUGCGGUUUUAGGUGAGGGUAAGGAGGUAUUCCUUGGUGUCCAAAUUCCAAAUGUUCCUGGUACUUUGAAAAAAUUGCAGUCAAUCAUAUAUCCUAGAUCUGUUACGGAAUUCUCUUAUAGAGUUUCAAGUGACUCUAAAAUCACCGACACCUACCUUUCUUUUAAUGUUAAAGAUAAGGAGACCGAAUUGAAGGAAGUUUUAACGAAGUUGAACGAAAUGGGUUUCAAGGCAUAUGAUUUGACUAAUAAUGAGAUGGCUAAAACACAUGGGAGAUACCUAAUCGGAGGCAAAAACAAAGCUAGAGAGAGAAUUGUCCAUUUUGAGUUCCCUGAAAAAUAUGGUGCAUUAAAUGAAUUUCUCGAACUGUUAAGUUCGGAGUGGAAUAUUUCCUUAUUUCAUUAUCGUAACCAUGGCGACGAUAUAGGAAAAGUCCUAACGGGUAUAGAUGUUGAGGAACAUGAAGAUGAUAAGUUGAGAAAGUUUUUAGAUAGCAUGGGUUAUAAGUAUACCGAUGAAACUGAAAAUGAAGUGUUUGAGCUUUAUAUAAAGGACUAA